AGAGAGAGAAGAGAGAGGAGUUUGGUUUGUUAGAAGAAUAGAGAGGAAAUAUUCUCUUUAGCUUUCAAUGGUAUUUUUGGUGUUUUGCUCCUGAAAUCAAACAAAUCAUCCACCAGAUUGUAUUCUUGUGUUGUGCUCCUCGGAUUCAAAACGUUAUUAGAAAUAUACUAAUUGUUGCUGUUGUGUGUUUUCGUCUUCUUACUUUCUUCUUUCUUCUUUCUUCUGUUUGUAUUUGGAGACCUUGUUUGUUUAUUUUGUUCUGUAGCUCUGCUCCAAGUCCAACUCUUUAUUUUUCCUCCUCACUCAUUCACCUUUUCAAUCAAAUGAUGUCUGGUGCCCCCAAUUCCCAAACAAACCCUAACUCCAAACCCCCUUCUUCUGCAAAAAGGCGACGACGAAAUCUUCCCGGCACACCAGAUCCAGAUGCAGAAGUUAUCGCUCUUUCUCCAAAGACACUUAUGGCGACCAACCGAUUCGUCUGCGAAAUCUGCAACAAAGGUUUCCAGCGAGACCAGAAUCUCCAGCUGCACAGAAGAGGCCACAAUCUACCGUGGAAGCUCAAGCAAAGAGCUAACAAGCAUCAAAUCAAGAAGAAGGUUUACAUCUGCCCGGAGAAGACCUGCGUCCACCACGAGCCUGGCCGGGCCCUCGGCGACCUCACCGGAAUCAAAAAGCACUUCAGCCGAAAGCACGGCGAGAAAAAAUGGAAGUGCGACAAAUGUUCUAAGAAAUACGCAGUUCAAUCCGAUUGGAAGGCUCACUCCAAGACGUGUGGUACCAGAGAGUACAAGUGCGACUGUGGAACUCUCUUUCCCAGAAAAGACAGUUUCAUCAAGCACCGCGCCUUUUGCGACGCCUUGGCGGAGGAGAGCGCCGUCGCAACCAACAAUUUGAACUUGAGAAAUGAUUUCGAUGGGAAUAUGAUGAAUCAGGGAGAAAAUUCGUUAUCGGUGGAUCAGAAUCAGCAGAAGCCGAGGCUGUCGCUUUGGUUGGAUCAAGCCAAUUCUCAGCUCAAUCACAUUGAUCAUAAUUCAAAUACUAUGUUUAUGCCUUCAUCGACCGGUUUGACGGAUAUGAUUCAGAUGGCGUCGAACGUUCUUUUCGGCUCGAAUUCAUCCAUGGGAAACAAAGCAAACACGGCGACGAUGGCGGAUUCCCUGGCUUCGACUCUCUACUCAGAUAGCCAAAACUCGGGCAUGUCGGCGACGGCGCUGCUGCAGAAGGCCGCUCAGAUAGGGUCCACGAAGAGCAGCUCGACGUUCUUCGGCAACACGGUCGGAGUGAUGAACUCGUCUUCGCCAUCGGCGUCGUCCACCAACACAUUGCCGUACGGCCCUCCGCAGACCGAGCUGCAUCAGGUGUUUGGGGAGAAUCCCGCGGGGGCGAUGAUGAAUUUCAACAACAAUCUCGGCAACGCCGCACAGGGGGCUAAUUCGGUGAGCUUGCAUUCGGGAUUGCAUGGUUUCACGAGGGAUUUUCUAGGAAUGGGCGGAGACGGCGGAGGGACAUUUUUGCCGCAGGAGCUGGCUAAGUUCGCUUCGAUGAGUCCGGCAAUGGGGCUUACCCACUUCACUACCAAUCACUACUAGCACCUACCUUUUCUUAUUUUUUCCCCUCUUCCUUCGUUUUUGUUUUUUGAGGUUUUGUUUGAUACUACCAUAAUAAAAAAGUGUUUAUACCUCUAAA